AGCAGGCUAUUUUGAGGAGCAAAAGGAGAGUGUGGAGAGGCUGGAGGGAGACAGAACAAAGCUGGCCUUCGAUCCCGGUUCAGAAGAACAAGAAAUAAGUGGUUCUGUGAAAAGCACAGCUCUACUGGAAAGGCAUCACCCCAAUGCUACAACACCAAUGAGCAGGGGCAGCAUAUGACAAAGGUGGAGGAAAUGAUCCUUCAGCUAAAAAGGAUGACCUGUGAGAGGGAUGAACUGUGUGAAAUCCUGGCCCAUUAUAUGGACAAGGAUUUGCACAACAGGUUCGAUUUUGAAUUCAUUUCACUGACUAUGGAACAUCAGAAGAUGAUGACAGAGCUGAAGAAAUUGUCCCAUGAGAUAAGGGAGGCCUCAGACAAGUUCAAGAUGCUGACUAAGGAGACAGAAUCCUUCCACCUUCGCCACUUCCAGCUCAUGAUUGACCAUACCAAGCUGAAGAUUUAUGUUAACACGUUGAGAAACAGGCACAGAAAGCUGCUGAGGGAGCAUUCUGUCCUGCAAACUUCCUGUGAAGACACAAAGAGGCUCUGUGAGGAGGCCGUUGAGAAGAUCUGUGGCCUCUGUGCCCAGAAGCAGCAGGAACUGGGAGUAUUGGAGGAAAGACUUCAGGACAUACUGAAGAUGGAAAAGCUGGCCACGCAGGAACAGGACUUCACAAAGGAGAUGGAGUAUCACACUGAUGACAUUGAGAUGAGGUCUGAAACAGCCCAGUGUGACCUAGAAGGAGCUACAGCCCAGGAAGAGAGCGCCAUGCAGUCAGAGCUUCUGCAGAGGAACAACUGAGUUACCAGCUCUCUUGAGAGAACUGAUGAGGCAAAAAAAUGAAAGCCUCAGACAUCUUGAACACAACAUUUUCUACUCUAGAAUCAAGGCCUCCUCAAAAACAGACACCCCCUUUGAAAUGUCAAUUCACCUGUGAAGCAAAUAUCAACUGACCUCCAGGUGAUGCAGUACCAAUGUGAUCCACAUGACUGUUGGCUCCCUAUUUUGAGAAAGACAAAAGCUGAGACAAGGCUUACUCAAAAUCCUGAAACUCACCAGUAUUUGUUUGCAGUGAGGGACACAACAAUGAGGCUAUGUUUCAGAGCAUUACUCCAUCAGGGACUUAGUCAGCUCUCCGUAUGUGGUAGUCAAUUCAGACAGACCAACGAAAAGCAUCAUCUUCUCUCUCCAGGGCGGUGUUGAAGGUCCUCCAUCUCACACACAUGUGAUGCUGAAGUUAAUGCUCUAAAGAGGUAACAACUCUCCCUCACUACCUAUCAUGGUCAUCUGUUCUUCCAUAAGGAAAACUUCUGGGUGUACUUCAGUUGCACAGUCUGGAUUCUGAAGUGACUAGUCCUGAAAAUGGAUUUAUAGAGAAUGUCUGAAUGAUCUUUGACAUCUACUGGGCAGGUGGAUUCUCCAUCUGGAUUUGUUGGAUCUCAAAUAAGCACUUACAGGCAUACGUUGGCUGAAAGAAUCAUGUAGUGACCAGCAUAUUACAGGAUCAACAUGCUAUAGAAUUUGUUCUUCUUCACAGGUCAAAGGCUGUGUAUACUAUGCGAACAGUGUGUGAUAAUAUACCAAGAAGCACCCUGUCAAACCACAAAAUGUUCUAGCAACUUCCCCACCAUGACAAGGCCAUGGCCAGUAGGGACUAACCCUCAUUUGGCUGGGAAAUAUCAGAUUCAGUGAAGUUCAAGAGCUAUGUCAUCUGUUGCUGGAUGAUGUGAAAUCAGCUAAGAAGCAUGUGUAGAAGACGCCAUUCCAACAUUAUCCAGAGGCAGUGCAGUGACUUACAUCUAGCACAAGGAAGUUGACAUCCAGCCUUAUCUAUUCUGAUCAGAUCCAAGAAAUCCCUACGGUUUCCACACAGAUAUUGGGAUACCCCUCUUGUUGAAUAUUCACCUGGGAGGGUUUCAGAGAAGUGCUGAGGCACAUCAAGUGUUGCUGGUCAUCCAGGAGGAGCCUGAGCCUGGAAAUUGGUGCUUGUCCUAAGGGGUCAUAAAGAAUACUUUAAUGGGGCCCAUUAAGGAGGAUUUGAAAGAAGGUGAUCCAUCACCAGAAAUAGGUCUCAUCCUUUGCCUUGGGAGUGACUGACAUACAGAGCUCCCAAAGAAUCAUGGCUACACUCAUCUUGAAAAGGCUAUUGAAAUCAGAGACUGCCUUUCUACCAUGUUUCCAAGGCCAGCCACAGGCUCUAAGUCUGGGCUGCUAAAUCUCUAACAAGAGAAUGCUGCUUAGCUUAAUUGGUUGUUUGGUUUUUGGGUUGAGUUUGUUGUUUUUUUGUUUCUUUGUUUGUUUGGAUGUUUUUUGUUUUCUUUUGUUUGAAGUUUUGUAAUUUAUUGGUUAUUUCAUUUGUUGUUGUCAUUGACUUGCUAGUUUGCUAAGGCUGUACACUGUAUAUAAUGACUUUGCCUUUUAAUCCCCUAUUGAGGAAAAUGAGAUGUAUUUUUACAAAUAAAAAUUAAUCUUCAACUGUUAA